AUGUCAGCCUCCGGGCCUUUCGUCCAUCAGGAUUCGGUUCCUGCAAGAUGCCGUUGUGUAUGCAACGUCAGCUUACAGUCUCCACGCAGUUGGUUCGCCUAUAUCUCACAGACCGAGCCAUGUCUGCUGGAAGACGUCCUAGUGACUCCGAAGCACUCUUUGGUCAAACAAGUCUCCGAUCACUACUUGCCAAAGCUUCUACCACACGAACAUGACGAGAACUCCGAGAACGAUGUCAAGGCUCGGAACGUGGUCAUGAAUUUUGACGGUCUAGGCGUUGUCUGGUACACGUCGUCGAAGGCCGAUUUUGAGAGCAGUAACACCGCCCAGAGUAGUGAUGGAAAGCAGAAAGAUGGCCUACGUCCGGCGAUGUACAAAACGAUUCAACCUCCAAUCAACGACCAGAACUUUCUGUCGAUAUGUGCCAAUACAGAAAGUCGAGUCUGCUUUGGACAUAUCCGAGCUUCAUCCGGAACCGCAAUCGCAAACAUCAACAACCACCCGUUCGUUUUUGGAAGGCAUACGUUCAUGCACAAUGGAGCAGCUAGUAACUUCAUCGAUAUCAAACGAGCCGCGAUCAACGAGAUGAGCCAUGAUGCGUAUGCCAACGUCUUUGGUGCUACCGAUUCAGAACACAUCGCUGCCCUAUAUAUGACCUACUUGACCCGAGGUGGUGAUGCGAGCUCUUUCGAAAAGGUGUACUCGGCUCAAGAAAUGGUGGAAGCCAUGCAUCGUGCUGUUGCGACCAUCGUAGGUCUGCAACACAAGAUUCUCGGAGACAGCAAGAAACCAAACAGCCUCAACCUUUGUGCAACGGAUGGCUCGAAGUUGGUGGCCUACCGCUUUCGAAAUCACCGCACAUCGCAGCCUCCCAGUCUAUACUACAGCACCAAGGCCGGCAUGACCUUAAAUCGCAAGUACCCAGACAAUGCAGAUGGCGUCGAACAUGCCGGAAGACAAAUCGGUAUUCCCGAAGAGCUGCACGGCAGUCAUCUGAUUGUGGCCAGUGAACCGAGCACAUACUGCGAUAGCGACUGGGAGCUCAUUGGAAAGAAUCAGUUUCUGCUCGCUGGAUCUGAUGGCGUCUUCGAGGUUGGUGAUGCGCCGUAUGGGCUUGGUUGGGAUGCUGAGGAUUGA